AUGGAGGCAGGAAAUGGAGGCCGUGGUGGUAUUGUGUCGUUGUUCUCGAACGGCAGUAAUGGUUCCAGCGCCUCAAUGCGAACCAGGAGGAAAACCCAUGAGGAAUCAUGUUUCUGUGGGUUGAAGGCUGCGAUAAGAAAAUCUGGGACAGCGGAGAACCCAGAUAGACUAUUCCGUGCAUGUCCAAGGUACCGGAAGGGCAGUCACUGCAACUACUUUAAGUGGGUUGAGGAUGAUGAGUAUGAAGGGGUGGGCCAAGGUGGAACAAAGAAAGAUUAUGGGGCUAAGCUGCAGGUUGAUAGUGACUGUGAUGAAUGGAGGUUGAAGGUGGCAUGGAGACUGGGCAGCUUGGAAGCUGAAGUAAAAGCAUUGAAAAUGUUAAUAGUUUUCCUGUUUUUGGUAGUUGUGCUUAAUGUGAUUGUUUGUAGUUUGUUGUCUCGUUCCAAGUAA